AUCCAUCAUUAUCCUCUUCCCCUGUCUUUUUUGUGACCACACGUUUAACCAUCAAGCCUCAAAGCACCCAUGGCAUAACCAUUUCCCAUCAUCAUCAUCAUCAUCUUUACCUCGUUGAGAAAACAAACACACUAUAAUCAAAGUUUUAGUAAGCAAUCACCACCAACACCAAGUUCAUGAAUUCUUGCCAACUAGUGAUUCACAUGUUCCACACUCCAAUUCGUUCUCUCACAUUUCCAUGCACAACAAAACCACCUCACCUCAACAUUCAUCUCCUCCUUUCCCUUCCUGCACCAACGCUCCUUUCCUCUUCACUCAAUGAUGAUUCCUUUUCCAUUCCAAAAUCAUCCCAGUUUGGGUACAGUUCUCCAGAGGAUCUGUUUGGGCUGGAGGUGGAAUUUAAGCCAAGGAAAGCUAACUCUCAUACAAGAGAACCAAGGUCUUGGUUUGGUCCAAAUGGACAAUAUAUCAGAGAGCUACCUUGUCCAAGUUGUCGAGGAAGGGGUUAUACUCCUUGUGCAGAAUGUGGAAUAGAACGAUCUAGAUCAGACUGUCCAAAAUGUAAUGGAAAGGGUUUACUGACUUGCCACCAGUGCUCUGGAGAUUGUGUUAUAUGGGAAGAGUCGAUUGAUGAACGACCAUGGGAGAGAGCUCAAUCAAUAUCUCCACUCAAAGUGAAGGAUGACGAUGAAGUUGACAAAUUGGACAUAAAGCUAGAUGCAAAGAAAAAAUCCAAGCGUGUUUACCAGUCACCAUCUCCUGAAGUUGGAUUGAAGAUUAGUCGUUCAUUAAAAAGUCUCAAUGCCAAAACUGGUCUAUUUAGCAAACGAAUGAAGAUCAUCCACCAGGAUCCCACGCUUCAGGCACAGCGAGUGGCCGCUAUUAAGAAAGCCAAGAGGACUGUUUCAGCGAGAAAUCAUGCUUCCAAAACUAUGAAAGAUUUCUUUAGUGAUCCAAUAAACCGUGAAAAAAGGAGCAUGGCCAUGCAAGGUGUGAAAUUCUAUUGUCAAAACUGUGGACGUGAAGGACAUAGGAGACACUACUGUCCAGAACUAAAGGAUGGUUUGAUUGAUCGGCGAUUCACAUGUAGACUAUGUGGCGAAAAAGGCCACAACAGAAGAACAUGCAGUAAGUUAAGGAUAAGCCAUAGUGAUGGGAGAGUUAUAAAACAUCAUCGAUGUAAAAUAUGUCGACAAUAUGGCCAUAACCGAAGAACAUGCCCUCAAGUUAUUUCAAAUAAAAGAAUGGAUAUGACAUCUCAGAGAGUAUACAAAUGUCGAUUGUGCCAGAAAGAGGGACACAAUAGUAGGACAUGUCCUAGUAGAAUAGUUGGCAUUGAACAUUCUCUAGAAUAACUUUCCAGAAACUCAAGGGCUUGAACCUAUAUCUUGUCAAGGCCAGUAAUCUGAAUUGGAAAGUCUUUAUAUAUUUUGCUCACUUGUGUAAUUGCAACUUGACCUGUUAAGUAAUGCUAGUUAGUCAAAACUUGUUAGAUAUCAACUAGAUUUAAUGUUGCUUAAUGAGAUUUGGAUGAAACAAACUGGUAGGAAUCAUU